CUUUUCAGAAACAGUUUUCUUCAGAAAAUACUUGGUAGACGCAAAAGAAUCAAAAGGUGGAGAGAGAGGGAGUCCAGAAAGUUCUACAAGUCUUGGGCACGAAGAAAUAACCUGACUUCCCGCUAGCGCGCUCCAAUCCCUAAACUGUUUUUAACUCCCUCCCGUUCCUAGAAAUACCACCUACCUCUCACCCCCCCAAUUCCCAAAAAUCACAGAGCCAAAAAAGCUAACAGAGCAACCAAACAACAACAAAAAAUCUCAAUUUUCUCACUAGGAUUUCUAGGGUUUGUUCAUCGUUGGUUUUCAGAUUCUCAAGAUGCAGAUCUUUGGUUUGACACUUACAGGGAAGACCAUUCCUCUUGAAGUUGAGAGCUACGACACCGUAGACAAUGUGAAAGCCCUUAUUAAGGACAAGGAAGGGAUACCACCUGAGCAGCAGAGUCUUAUCUUUUCUGGGAAGAAACUUGAGGAUGGUAGGACGCUGGCAGACUAUGACAUCCAGAAAGAAUCCGCUCUGCAUUUGAUUCUUCGUUUAAGGGGUGGCAUGCAGAUAUUUGUGAAAACCCUUACCGGCAAGACUGUCACCCUUGAGGUGGAGAGCUCGGACACUAUUGAUAUUGUCAAGACUAAGAUACAGGAUAAGGAGGGGAUUCCGCCUGACCAGCAGAGGCUUAUAUUUGCUGGAAAGCAGUUGGAAGAUGGUAGGACUUUGGCCGAUUACAACAUCCAGAAGGAAUCUACUUUGCACCUUGUUCUUCGAUUAAGGGGUGGGAUGCAAAUAUUUGUUAAGACGCUGACUGGAAAGACUAUCACUCUUGAGGUGGAGGGUUCGGAUAGCAUAGACAAUGUCAAGGCAAAGAUUCAAGACAAGGAAGGGAUCCCACCUGACCAACAAAGGCUUAUUUUUGCAGGAAAGCAGCUUGAGGAUGGCAGGACUUUGGCAGAUUAUAAUAUCCAGAAGGAAUCUACUUUGCAUCUUGUUCUUCGACUAAGGGGUGGGAUGCAAGUAUUUGUCAAGACUUUGACUGGAAAGACUAUCAUCACUCUGGAGGUGGAGGGUUCGGAUACCAUAGACAAUGUCAAGGCGAAGAUUCAAGAUAAAGAAGGAAUCCCUCCUGACCAGCAGAGGCUCAUUUUUGCUGGAAAGCAGCUAGAGGAUGGUAGGACCCUUGCUGAUUAUAACAUCCAGAAGGAAUCCACCUUGCAUCUUGUUCUCCGUUUGCGAGGUGGUAUGCAGAUCUUUGUUAAGACCUUGACGGGCAAGACCAUCACUCUUGAUGUGGAGAGCUCUGAUACCAUAGACAAUGUGAAGGCAAAGAUUCAAGACAAGGAAGGGAUCCCACCUGACCAACAAAGGCUUAUUUUUGCAGGAAAGCAGCUUGAGGAUGGCAGGACUUUGGCAGAUUAUAAUAUCCAGAAGGAAUCUACUUUGCAUCUUGUCCUUCGCCUUCGUGGUGGAAUGCAGAUUUUUGUCAAAACUCUGACUGGGAAGACAAUCACUCUUGAUGUUGAUGGUUCUGAUACAAUUGACAAUGUGAAAGCUAAAAUCCAAGACAAAGAGGGUUUCCCUCCGGAUCAGCAGAGGCUCAUUUUUGCUGGGAAGCAACUUGAGGACGGACGUACCCUGGCUGAUUAUAACAUCCAGAAAGAGUCUACCCUGCACCUAGUGCUUCGUCUUCGUGGGGGUGAUGUUUAAGAUCAGAUGUAUCUGUUACUAUUUCUAAUGUGGUUUAGAACUUUUUUCUUUCUUUUUUUUCCUUUUAGUGGAAUAGGGUGUAGAACUUUACUUACACCUUUUUGGUAGUGAUUUAGGGUUGGAAUUUGGUAGACUAUUAUGUUUGAAUGAAAGCUUAGUAUGACUUUGAUUUGGUAUUA